CCUAAAUUAUGCAUCAAAUCACCCCCUGAUUUGGCAAAAUUUGGUAUUAACAAUUCAGCACGCUACUCGGUCGAAACAAAACAAGCGCAGCCUCAAACCUUAUUUGUCACUCUCUCCGUCUCUCUCUCUUUUCCUCUCUCUCUUACAAAUCAAGAAGACAAGUAAAUCUUGGCUCCGACAUUAUAAAGAUCACAUUCUUAAGAUUGUGGGUUCAUUGAGUUUUUUUAUGAAAUAAUUGAAGAAUAUGAAGGAGUUAACGGAAAGAGCAGUGUUGAGGAAUUUGCAAAAGGAGCAAGAAAGAGAAAGGCGGCGAUUACGAGACAGACAAAGAAGGCAAGCAAUGAGUGUUGAAGAGAGAGAAAAACAUCUUGCAAGACGACGUAGAAACUAUCAGUUGAGGAGACAAAGAGCACAAAAUGUGAGAGAACCUCAGAUCAAUCAAUCCGGUCUUGUGGAUAGUGAUGAAUCGCCUAUGGUCCUGAGUGAUGAAAAUCAUCAAACAGCUAUCUCGGUUCCUGUCCAAUCUAAUGGUGUUUGUCAUGCUGAUUUGGAAAAAAGACAAGGAAGUUUUAAUGCCGGCAAUGCAAAUUCCGUGGGUUUAGAAGUUCCAGCGCAUAAAUUAGCUAAAUUACCUAUAAGGUCACGUCUAAACCAUAUAAAACACCUUGCUCGGUCACUGGUUGAUACCCUGGAUAUUGGUGAUGGUCACAAAAUUCCAGCAGAUUUGACGAUGAAGGGAGACACAUCUUCCAAUUGCACACCUCCAAAAGCAUUACGAUUGAAUCGUGUUAAGCAUCUUGCACGUGUGUUAAGCUCUGAUAUAACAAGGACAACAGCUCAAAAUCACAAUCAUGAAACAGAUGGAGAACAUAAUCUGCCAAGGGGAGAACAUCUGAUGAAUAGCAAUCUGCCAAAAGUUGUUAAGACUAACAAUGUCAAUGGUGGAGAUGAAUGACUCUGCCCCAGUGUUUCUCCCUGUGUAAUUGAAGAAAGGAAGCCUUUUCUCAGCCACACACACAAGGGAUGGAAUUUUCCAAGCUCCACCUUAAAGUUUCUCAAAUCGAAUAUAAUAUGGAGGGCAAAGGAAGCAAAGGACGCUGCAAAAGAGCAUUGUAGAUAACUAAUUAGAUUGGAGUUGGUGGAUUUUAGAUUACAGGAUAGUAUGAAAGGCUUAAAACUGGAGCUGGAUUUUGUCCCUAGCAGCUGGGGUGCAUUUCUUCUGUAUAUUUUUUUUUUUGGUUGAGGAUAUUUAGAAAGAAAAAUGUUUUAGAAGCCAUAAACACCAUCUUGAUGUAUGUUUACUGUACUAGGAUUUGCUUUGUAUACCUCGAAUUCGGGGUGCAUUGAUUUUUUAAAGAAAAUAUUGGUGUCAUGUA